GCACACAUUUUUUGCUAACCGCCGUUAAACCUCAUUGAAGAAGAAGAUGCUGUCAUUAAUGUGCGACAGACACCACGCCAGCAGCAGCAUGAAUUAGGUAUAUUUCAAGUGAAAGCUACUCGUGUAAAACCCGAAGGGUGAGCCCUCUCAUCAUGGCCAGGAGGUGGAGCGGGGGCCACUCUGCGGCCGUGCUCUGCGUGGGGGCCGCGGGGGGCCCCGGGGGGCUGCUGGCCUCGGGCGCGGAGGGCGGGGAGGUGACGGUGUGGAGCCAGGACGGGGCGGCGCUGGCCCAGCUCCGGCUGCCGGCGGGGGAGGACGUGACGGGCGCCCUGUUCUCGCCCUCGGCCCCCGGCUCGCUCUACGUGUCUCACGGGGAGACGGUGAGCGUGCUGGACCCUCGGAACCUGAAGGGCCCGGUGCAGGAGCUCCACGUGGGCGAGGACGAGAUCAACGGGCUGUCGCUGAACGAGACGGGUGCGCUGCUGGCCGCGGCGGACGACUCUGGGGCGGUGUGCGUAGUGGAGCUGGCCAGCGGGAAGGUCAGCCGCACCCUGCGCAGGCACACCAACAUCUGCUCCUCCGUGGCCUUCCGGCCCCUGCGGCCCCACAGCCUGCUGUCUGCAGGCCUCGACAUGCAGCUCAUGUUGUGGAGCCUGCAGAAGGCCCGGCCCUUGUGGGUGCUGAACCUACAGGAGGAGGGCGAGGAGGAGGAGGAGGAGGGGCGGUGCGGCCAGACUCCGGGCCAACUCUUCAACCCUCCGCUGGCGCACUGCGUCUCCGUGGCGGCCUGCGGGAACGUGGCGGCCUGCGCGGCGGAGGACGGCCGGGUGCACGUGGUGCGGGUGGACGGGGGCUCGCGGCCGGGGGGCCGCACGGCCCUGCAGGCCCACAGCCAGGGCGCCUCCCAGGCCCACUUCCUCAGCUUCCUGUCCCACCCUUACUGGCUGGCCACGGGCGGCAACGACGGACGCGUGGCCCUGUGGGACGUCAGAGAGCACGCCGCCCCUCCAGAGGGCAAGACCAAACCCCGCGGGCCGCCCCGCCGCAGGAGGCCCAAGGGCAGGUCAAAGCCCAAAACGCAGGCUGAGCCCCCGCCCCGGGCCCGGCCCACGCCCGAGGCAGAGCAGGAGCAGGAGCAGGAGCAGGAGCAGGAGCAGGAGGCGCAGGGUGCCUGCGCUAGCCCUGACCCAGAGACGUCUCCUGCAGGACCCAGACUCAGCAUCAGCCACGGGGAUAAGGUCAACUGGCUCUGCCCCGCCCUGCUGAAGGGUGAGCCCUGCCUCCUGGUGGCAGACCAGAGCAGCGCGCUGUCAGUAUACUCCCUCAGCGCACUGUAGUCGCCCCUUACUCACCCCUGCGGACCCUCUCAAACCCGUCACCUACUCACCGAGGACCCUACAGAGCAGAAUUAAGCAGGACUUUGUUGGGUAGGGGUGGUGUUGGGUAGAAGAGGGGUGGUGUUAAUGAGCCCUUACAGUACUUGAGGAUACAGUGGGGUAUGCAGCUCCUAUUUCCCUGAAAUUGUGAUUUGAGGUAUUUGUUGCCAGAAGGAUGUUCUAAGCAAUGGCUGCAGAUGCGUCAUCCAUUACUGGUGAGAUUGUCUCUGCAUCAGAGUGCCUACAGUCACCCCAGCAGCCCUUUCUCUGGGAGAAAAGAGUCUCUCUGUUUAUAAACCGCAGGGAAUUUUCCAUCGUCCAUUUUGUUUUGAUUUUUUCCAUCAGUGUUCAGUGGGUUGCAUUUAUGUACCACCCUUCUUGGAUUUUAAUGCACGCUGCUGUGAAUUCACUCUAACCUGCUUAUACCAAUUAAAGGUGUCUCUGUGUAGAA